UUUCUUUAUAAAUGAAGACAAAACAUUUACACAGUGUUUAAGCAGAACAAUAGUAAGAACAAAUAACAAACAUGAAGACAUUAGCUCUAAUUCAGGUAUUAACGAUCUGUGUCACUCAGGGUUUUCUCUUAUCAUCUGGCGAGCCAUGCCAAAACCCUCCGGUUGCAGCCAACUUCACAGCCAACGGUUACCAAGGUCUCUGGUACGAAAUAGGGAAAAUGCAGACUGCGGGUGGUGCUGCUUUUGAAAAAGAUUGCGUGUGCACGACAAUUGAUAUAAGCCCAGUGAAAGGCGCUACAAACGGUGACUCUACGGCAAUCAACAGCUGCAGAAAGUUAGCGCCAUCCGGGGACUUCUUAAAUGCGACAGGUAAUUUGGUGAACGAAGCCGUUCCUGGACACUGGAAAGAGAGGUUCUUUCCAUUUACUCCAAAGGCUGACUACAGGAUUAUCUACCUUGACGACCAUCUUGCUAUAGAGUAUGAUUGUACAAGUGUUCUAUGGAUGACCAACUACUGUGUUCACCUCCUCGCUAGAACACCGUCAAUCAGUGACACGGAUGAAAAGAUGCUGCUUGAUUUUGCUAAUAACUUAGACCUUAAUAAACAAAACGUUCCAUAUCAGAAAACAAAACAAGAUGGAUGCUGGUGA